ACAGUUUAUUUAUUUAUUUAUUUUGACUGACACACUCAGCAGGAUCAUACAAGAUAUGGAAAUAAAAAAUACAAGAAUAUAUAAGGCAGGAUUUUUUACCUGUGUUGCAAAAAAAAGAAAGGCCAGGGCUUAGAUGCUGCAAGGUGUGCAUUGAUCACUUAAGAAAUUGGUCAGAUCUGAACUGCAUAGAUUAUGCAAGUUUUGUACAAGGUAUGCAUGAAAUCAAUUUCUUAGUCUUGUAUCAUAUCUUCACCCUUUACCAUUUUUAUUUGUCCUUGUGUUGAUUGGUAUGAACGGAUUUAAGAAAACUUGUGGGGAAAGUUGAUACAUAUACUUUCACAGACUCCAGCUAGUACUAUUACUGGACUACUUUAUAUAAAGUAACAUUGUAGGUAGUCCAAGAUAAUCAGGGUCUAUGAAACCACGGUACAUCAUUAAAUUAGGCCUUAAUUCGAAUUUAAUGGUGUAAUACACUUUUUUUUUUUUUUUUUUUUUUUUUUACAUUUACCAUUGAUUUACAUAUAUUGAAAAUAUUGAGGAGUAGUUUAAUGUUUACAGCGGUAAGUGUUCCCUGUCCACAAUGACAUGGUACGGCAUAAACCAUUUAUCCCAGCAUAAUUUAUUGCAGGGGCUUGACUAAUAAUGUUGAAAAACAUGUAACUUUGUGUUCUGUGGCCUAGUUCCAUGCCGAUCUCCUGUGAAAGCCCACUGUCUGUCCCUGUGCCAAAAAUGUGAAAUGCAAUCCAAACACUUGAUCACAGAGCAGUUAUUUUAAAACUUCAGCCUCAGCCACUUUGAAAGCAACAUGGGAGCAGAUAAUACGUGUUUGAAAGCGCAACUGUUUAGAAUCAAAACCGAACCCGAGUUAAAUUAACAGAUCAAUCAGAAAAUUAUUUACUUUAAAUCGUAUCUUUGAAAGCAGUUUCGCCUUUGUGUGUUUCUGCAGUAUUCAUCGAUGUCUUUGCCUGUAGUUCUCCCGGGGUCUUGUUGCCCGGUGCCAGGGGUGUCUUUGGCUUUUCAGUCGGCAGAUCCUUCUUUUAGAUCUCGUUCUCGGUGUGUAGCGACUCGAACUCUUGGCUCUCAGUCCCGGCUAUUCCCAGCUAUCCUACCCGGCAGACCACUGCUGUCUCUUGGAUUGCUGCAGCUUGUGCUUGGCUGUUCCAUGGUCGCUUUGUCUUUUGGGGCUCUCUCUCUCAGUAGCUCGGCUCCUAUCAGGAAUUCUUGUCCAUUCUGGGCUGGCUCUUCGGUGAUCCUGUCAGGAAUCAUUGGGUUAACAACAUGGAAGAGACCCAUGUUACUGCUGGUGAAUCUGUUCAUCUUGUUGUCAGUGGUCUGUGUGCUGCUCAACCUGGCUGGAUUUGUCCUGUGCUGUCAGGGGGCCCAGCUAGUCUCCAGCAUGUCCAGCUGUCAGUUGAGUGAGGACGUUUGCCUGUGCUGUGAAGACAGUAGCAAAUGCUCAGACAUGAAACAGUUAAAGCUGUACCCCGGUCAUUCUUGCAGUACUGUGCGUAUCCUAUUGAAGAAAGUGCUGUUUGCUUUGUGUGCUCUGAAUGCUCUGACCACUGCAGUCUGCUUAGUGGCUGCAGCCUUACGAUACUUGCAGCUGUUUGCAGCAAGAAGACCCUGCAUAGACGAGCCCCAUCCUACUUCAGAAGAGGUGGAAGAACAAGCCCAUGUUCCUGACCCUGACGAGUUUGUUCCCCCUAUUCCACCACCCUCGUACUUCUCAACCUUUUACUCUUACACACCCCAGGUUGCACGCAGGAUGCUUGGUAACAGUGUGAUCCCGUUACCUCAUAUCUACGGAGCCAGAAUUAAAGGAGUUGAGGUCAUUUGUCCCUUGGACCCACCUCCACCGUAUGAAGCUGUGGCAAGCCCAUCGGGUAACAAUGAUCAGGUUUCAGAGCUACAGGUUUCAAACCUAACAGAAGGCGCUUGUGAAUCCAUGGAGGCAAGCAACUGUAGUGAAGACAGUGAUUCGCAGAACCCCCCUUCACUUGCUGCACACCCAAAGCCAAGUCAAGCUCCUGUAACAGAGCGCAGAAGAUCCUGUAGAUGGGUAUUAAGAAGAUCUAUUAGUGACCCAGUACUGCUGGAUCUGGCUGCUAAAGCAGUUAUGAGCUGUGAAGCUGCUACUCAGACAGAAGCUCGUCCGGAGCUGGCAGUUGUCACUCUGAGGCGUAGUGGCAGGUCCCGCGGCCCCAGGCCAGCCAGGCCCACUUCCCUGGUGGAUUACCAGACCUACAGAGACACCAAGCAGCUUGUGGCCAGGUUCCUGGAGCAGUCUUCUUGCACAAUGACCCCUGAGGUCCAGGAGCUGGUGGACAACAUCAAAACAGUCCUCAAGUCAGAUGAGGAGCACAUGGAGGAGGUUGUGCUGAGUGCAAACGUCAUUGAUCAAAUAACCAGUCUGCAGCAGCCUCCCCGGACAGUGCAGACUCUUCCCCUCAGGCAGCGUCCUGGAUUGCUUCACCUGCGGAGCUGUGGUGACCUGAGCACCUUCACCAGGGCAGAGUCCCAGCUGGCAGAGAGGCAAGGACAGAGAGGGGAACAAGAUCGACCUCACAGCCUUAUUGGGGUUGUGCGAGAGACUGUGCUCUAAACCUGGCAUGUACAGUACCAUACCCUGCCACCUGAACAGAGAAAAACGACACAAAAGGAAAUGUGAAGGGCAAAUAUUUAUAGGCUCAAUUAGUUAAGUUGCUCUUAUUGGGAAAUACAUUGUUGGACUGUCUACACAUGUGCUGCCCUCAGACAGGUAACCCAAUCCUGUAACGUCUGGAGGAAGUCUUAGGACAGUGUCCGGCAGUUGCGUCAUUUGAUAUAGGGCAGGGGAGUGCAGUUGAUUCAGACAAUCUAUAUGACAUUAUGUCUUCCACUUUUUGACUCCCUUCCAAACAGAUAAUAUAAUCACAUAUAAGAGGGUCGAAGUUUUCUUCAUGAAAAGAUAAAAUACGUUUUUCAAACAUCAUACUUUUCUAAUCUAACCCGGAUCCGGAAUGAAGUUGGCGACAGUUGCUAUGUGAUGUAAUUGCUUGCGCUCAGUCUCAAGGCGUCCGUCGGCGGCUUUCAUUCAUUUUUUUUAUUGAUAGUUCAUCAAUGUCCAGUGAUUAUAGCGACAACAAAUAAUUACAUUGCAUUUUAUUACUAUUAUUAAUAAUAUAAUAUUAUUGAUAAUAUGAUGAGUUAAAGGCAAAUGUCGGCUGUGUUUGUGUGGAAAAUGGAAGAAAUUAAACACAGCGAGACAACAAGGAGAGAUUCACUUGCGGAAGAAACUAUUCAUAA